CCUUUCCUCCUUUGGGGUUUACAAUCUAACUGGGCUUCUAGUAUUGUGGUUUUGAGUAAACUCCAUGCAUUCUGGACUGAAAUGACUCUCUUGAUUUUCCCUUUCAGCUUUCUUUUCACCAUCCUCAUUUGGAGAAGUGUCUUCUUCUGAAAUUCAAAGUGUCUGUGUUAGACUUCCUUGGUGAUUCUCUCCCCGCAUGAAUGCUGAAUUUGAUCGCACUGCGGUCACUGUUCCCGAAAGUAUCCAUGACACUGACAUCACGCACCAGGUCCUGGGUGCCACUCAGGAUUAAGUCCAAGAUCACCUUCUCUCUGAUGCUGCCAGGGAGGGAACCGGGAACCUUCUGCUCUCCCCGGAACGGCUCCAUCCCCUGAGGGGAAGAUCUUCCAGGGCUCACACAUCAAGUCUCCCAUUCAGAUGCAACCAGACCAUCCGGCCCGCAGUGGCCAAGCUUGCAAUGGCGUUUUAAAAGCUUUUAAAACAGAAGAACUAUUAUACAGUGGCGUUAUUGAUGUCAGACAUGAAAAUUUGCAAGAAUGCCCUCCCAAGAUGACUGCAUGGACAGAGCGCAACAGUUCGCUCCUUGUUACCCUCCUAAGCCUUCUGUCUUCCCUCUGUGCAGAAAGGACCGCAAUUUUACCCGAAUGGUUUGGGGGCAGCAGCCAGCUGGGAUAAAGAUCACACGCAGAAAGCGGCAACCAGGCGAGCGACCGCCGAUUGCCCAACUCCUCUUCUAGGACGCGGAGAUACUGCCACCCCCGCCCCGGGCCCAGUUAUGCAACUCCUGCCGCGCGGCUGCGAGCCGCGCUUCCUCCUCUCUGCUGCCGCCUGGAGGGCGAGCCCCAGCCCAGCAGCACAGAAGCCGCCACGUGAUUUCUAGGAAAGGCAGCGAAGCCCCGGAGAAACUGCCGGGGAGGAGGAGACCGAAGGAGCGAGGGGCGGCGGCGGGGGCGGGGGCGCCUAGGGGCACAGCUGACGCUUCGCCACAGUCGCGGCUGGCCCGGGCAGAGAGAGGCGGCAGCGGCAGCGGCAGCGAGAGAGGACGCGGCGCAGCCCAGCACAGCAAGAAUGGCAACGCCCGGGCGGGGAGUGCGAUCCACACGGAAGCUGCGUCAGUGGACUGUGGAACAGGUGGAGAGUGGGAAGUUCCCUGGACUUGUCUGGGAUGACCCCCCAGCCAAGACCAUGUUUCGCAUCCCCUGGAAACAUGCCGGAAAGCAGGAAUACCGGCCAGAAGAAGAUGCCAGCUUUUUCAAGGCGUGGGCCAUCUUCAAGGGGAAGUACCGCGAAGGGGAGCAUGUGGACCCUGCCACAUGGAAGACGCGUGUCCGCUGCGCCCUGAGCAAGAGCCCCGAGUUCAAGGAGGUGCCGGAGCGCUCCCGGCUGAGCAUCGCAGAGCCUUACAAGGUGUAUCGCCUGGUUCCGUUGGAGGAGCAGCGGGCUGGGAAGCCAGUGCAGGCACGGAAGUCCAAGAAGGUGAAGCUGGAACAUGUCACGGUGUCCUUGGAGCUGGAGAUUGAAAGUCCUUCCCUACAAGUUGCUCAGAUUCCUGCCUCCGUGUGUGUGCUGAAAAUGGAAGGGGAUUCCGGAUUGGAAGCCGGGGAUAGCCACGGGGUGGCCCCUUCUACCUACCAGGCAGUGGAGGGCAGCCCUCAGCCCGGUGAACCAGCACCAGAUCUGAAUGAGAUCACCCUCCAUUUGAAGCCAGAGACCUCAUCAGUGGUGACCCCCGUGAAGACAGGAACAGCCGACUUCUCCAUCCGGCUGUCUGUCUUCUACAAUGGCGGUGAGCAGGUGUACAGCGUCUGCCUGCCGGAGGGCGACUGCCUCAUCACGUCCGUCGCUGCCUCCCCGGGAGCGCCGACCAACAGCAUGCGCCGCGUGGUGCUGCCUGCCCCAGACAGCGUGCAGGACCCCUGUAAGCGGGAAGCCAUUAAGCUGCUGCUGAAGGACCUGGAGAAAGGCCUGAUGGCGGCCAGCAACCCUGAAGGGAUCUUCCUCCAGUGCCGGAGCGAGGCCAGCAUCUACUGCCAGGGGCCCAAGAGCCCCGGGGCCCAAGAGCCCCCAGGCAAGCUGAAGACGAACGACUUCCUUCAGGUGUUUAGCACCAAAGCGUUUAAAAAAGCACUGGACCAGCAGUGUCAUCCUGAGCACCUGGUUAUCUUGAGUGUUGGAGAGGAGCUGGGAGGAAAUGAUAGCAAACUCAUCCUCAUCCAGAUGGAACAAAUCUUUGCUCGUCGGCUGCUCUCUCUUUCUGCUCCCCCUGCAACGGAAGCCGCUCCUGUCCUGAUGGUCACUUCCUUGCAUCCGUACAUUUCAGCCUGAGAAGCUGCAGAUCUUCAGUUCUUGCCUGGGCCUGUGGAAUCUGGGCUUGGGCAACAAUAUACCUUCCUUGUACAUUGACUUUGGGGCAGAACUCUGUAGGCAGCAGCCUGACCCGAUUGCAAUAGUGAGCAGCCCCGUGUGAAACUGGAGUGGUUUCUCUAGGGGUAACAAUCUUAUCGAUUAGGGAGGAACUUCAUACAUAGCCCGUUAGUCUUGGAGGGUCCAGCUUUGUCAGUGACCUGGUUGUGCCUGUGGGUCAGAAUCUGUGAAAACACUAGAGUGGUCAAGCAAUGGCUCCCAGGGUCGUCUAUGUGGUUACUUCCUAUAUAUGGGGUCACAUAAGAAUUAGCAGCGGCUCUUCUGUGUGAGCAAGAGGGGUGCCCACCCCCACCCCCCGCCGCCGCCAGAAUACAGCAAAAAAAACCCCUCACCACCGUUUUUUUUCCCCUGUCUCGGCUGGCCUGUCUCUCUGCUUGUUUUUCUCUUCCCCGUCUCCUGACAGAGGAGACAUACUGUGGUUUGUGGUUGGUGCUUCCAUCGUCCCCUCUGCACUGCUUUCUCUGCACAUGCACAUUCAAAUGUGUCCACACGAAAGGCAGUGGGAGUGUGCUUAUAUUCCCCCCACUAAAGUGGACAUCACCGCCCGGAGCAGGUUAGACUAGACUGAGUUCCAAGUCAACACAUGCGUUGCAGUUCUCCACGCUGAAGUGGGCAGGGGAAAGGAUGUGAGGAGUCCCCUUCCUUUCUCUGUGAGGAGGUUCGUGCAGGUCCCCACGGAGAUUUCCCCCCUCCCUGUCCAUCUAGCGGGACCUUAUCCCCUGCUUUGCUCCAUAAGUGAAUCACUCCUUCAGGCUCUGAAUGCCUCCCUGGCUCUGCUCCGGAGGACCCCAGAGGGAAGGGCUGUAGGCCGACGAUCCUUAAAGGGAACUUUCAUCUCUUCCCAGCCAAGUUGUGGCUGCCAGUGUUGCCACUGGUGCUGUGGAGUUGGCCAAGUGACCUGGCUUCCUCUGGGACUUUGAAGGGGGGCGGGGGUCUGCUUUGCUCCAAGCAACAUUUUUCACCAAAUCUGCCACUUGGGUGGCACUUGGAAGCAGUUUGUUCUGGCCACUCAUUCAUAGCUCAAACAGACUGUCCGUGGUCAAUUAAAAAACUCUUCUGGGGAAAUGUGACCUCUAAUCUAUACUAGCAAUUUAGAUUAUGGGUGGGGAUGCUGCAGAUUGUGGCUUAAAUCAAAUCCACACUCUACUUAGCGAGCUAAAUUCCAUUGAUCCCCGUGGUACUGACUUCUGUGUAAAGAACCCAAUGUGCAUAUGCUGUGCAGAGAACUGCAGCCAGCCUAGUUAGUAGCCAGAUCCUAGGCAUGAUUGCUUGGAAGUAAGCCCCAUGGGAGCCUAUUUUCUACGAAGAGGAUUGCAGCCUUAAACUUAUUUUGAAUUGGAUUAACUGAGCAAAAUUCCCUGACAGUGCAUCCUGUCUCAUAGAAAAAGUGCAUGUUUACUUCUGAGUCCAUAUGCAUAGACUGCAUCUCUACAACAGUUCCAGCAAUAAAUAAUUAUUGUCAGAAGGAAGCACCACACCCGGGAAAAACAGAAGUAGUGGGGAUUGGGGACAACAUCCCGCCCCCGCAAGUUGAAAUAGCAAUCUAGGGAAUCCAAUCUCUUUCUCCUUACUUCAGCCAGACUCCUUUCAGGCUUAUAUCAGGGGUGGGGGGCAGCCAGGGAGAGGAGAAAAAGAAAAGGGAAGUAAUUGUUCUCUCCCCCCCCCUUUUAAAUUCAUUUGUUGAGCGGUGCUUUCAGGUUAAUUUAGAGAUAAAAGUCAAUCAGUAAGGAUCAUGGAACUGCCCUCUCUUUUGUAAAUAUGCUAGAGAGAAUGAGGCUAAGUGGGGUAGGAUGGGGGGAGGAAAAGCAGAGCUGCUUCUUUUUAAAAGUACAAAGGUAUUGCAGGGUUACUGAGCUCAUUUCUUACAAAUCUUCAAAAAUACAGAUCUUGGCUUCCCCUGGGGAAUGGAGUGGCUUUGUGCACACACAGACAGACAGAAAGAUGUGCACAUACAUUCAUGUCUGUGUCAGAGGAAGCCUCGUGCCAGGUCCGGGGCAGAGACAUGGAGCAAGAGGGCGGACUUUGUCUCACACCCCCACUGCAUCUUCUGUUGCUCCCUUGGAAGGAAUUCAGCCAGGCUUCUAAUAUGAGGCUCCUUUUGAGGGCAGUUAUUGGUUGAUUGAUUUACAGCGGGAAGCUGUUGCCUGAUCGUUGUCCAUCAUCUUUCCCAGAAAACAACUAGCUUCAUUCCGAUUCUGAGCUCAGAUUAUGGCUCCUUAUGCUGCUUUGAAGAGUUGUUUUGGUUUACAUGCAAUGGUCUUGUGUGCAAGGAAACACAAGAAGAUGCUUUGUCUUACUGUAUAGAAGAUCUUGGUACUCGUGUUUGCAUGCACUGCAUGUGGAAGGAGAGAUCUUGUGGAUCCUGCAGGUAUGCUUCAUUUGAGGGGAAAUUAGGUUCUUCUACAUGUGUGUGUACAAGAAAGGUACCUACGAGGCUCUGCCUACCAUUAGGUGCCAUGCCCCCUCCCAGUCCAGAGAGCACCAGCUGCCACUCAUAGGGACUUCUACCGAGUCAGACCAUUGGUCCAUCUAGCUCAGUAUUGUCUGCGCAGUUUGGAAGCGGCUUUUCCAAGGCUGCAGGCAGGAAUCUCUCUUGGCCCUAUCUGGAGAUGCCAGGGAGGGAAUUUGGAACCACCUUCAUGCAAGCAUGCAGGUACUCUUCCCGGAGCAGCCCCGCCCCCUGAGGGGAAUAUCUUGCAGUGCUCACACAUGUCUCCCAUUCAAAUGCAAACCAGGGUAGACCCUGCUUAGCAAAGGGGACCAUUCAUGCUUGCUACCACAAGACCAGCUCUGUUCUGAAUUGUAGGGCCUUCCUUUCAUAGCAGCAAGCCCCUUCUUUUAACUAUCUUUUUAAAGAAGUCAAGUUUCUAGUCCUUAACACUGAGGAAUGGUGAUAGUGAAAGGGCCUUUAAAAAAAAAAAAUCCUUCCUAGUUUACAAAAAUAAGCCUUGGCCUCCCUGAGUCCUGUGCCUACUGCGACCAAACACUCUUUCCCUUUUGCACUUUAUUGAGUAGUUUAUAGCUACACAAAUAUAUUGUCUUUCUCUUCUGUGUGUAUGUAAGACUUUAUUUUUAAAUAAAGAACAAGUGUAUUGAAAUGGA